CGCCCCGUUUGGAUCAAGGCCGAUUUUCUAUCCAGUCCAACAGUCGACUACAACCACGCCUGCUGCCUUUGCUCAGUCAGUCCGCCUGUUCGUCUCUCCGGCUACAGCAGCAACUGCACCCUGCUUAGGAAAAUGACCGACAAGGGGCUCGACGACGAAGCUGUACAAGCGGCUUGCAAAGAUGGAGAUACAAUAACUAAGGACUUCAUGAUGCAGCAAACCAUGCUGAGGGUGAAGGACCCGGUGAAAUCCCUGGACUUCUACACGCGUGUACUGGGCAUGACGCUACUGCAGAAGUUUGACUUUCCCUCCAUGCGCUUCUCUCUCUACUUCCUGGGUUAUGAGGACAAGAAGGAGAUCCCUGUGGAGAUGAACGAGAGGACAGCCUGGACGUUUUCUCGGCGAGCCACGAUUGAGCUGACGCACAACUGGGGCUCAGAGUCCGACGACAGCCAGUCCUACCACAACGGAAACUCGGACCCACGAGGCUUUGGGCACAUUGGAAUCGCGGUGCCUGAUGUGCACGUUGCCUGCAAAAUGUUUGAAGAGCAAGGCGUCACGUUUGUCAAGAAGCCCGAUGACGGUAAAAUGAAGGGACUAGCCUUCAUUCAGGACCCUGACGGAUACUGGAUCGAGAUUCUGAGCCCGAACAACAUGGUCUCCAUCACCGCCUAGAGACAGGGAGGAUGUCCAGAGGCUGGGAGGGUGUGGAUUUAAACGGAGAAACUAGGCGUGAAAACAACAGGAAAACCACUACAGUUCCUUAUAGGAAUUGACAAGAGCUGAAAGAGGAUUGCCCAAAUCCUGGACAUUUGCAAAGCGUUAGAAAUGGACAAUCAAAGUCGGUUAUUAAGUUUGAUGCAGGUGUUUUAAGUGGUGUUGCUCAGUGCUGGUCUGUGCAGGCUGUCAGCACGACAACCGCUCCCCUCCUGUUUGAAUGGUCACUGAUCCCACGCAAACUGAUGUGCAGUAAAGUCAAUCGCCUCGGGUA